AUGGACCGGUUCCGUUCGUUCACUUGGCCAGACGGCAUCGCGGAGUCCGACCUCAAGCAGAAGAAGGUCAGCCAAAUAAUUCCCGUCCAUGCAGAGUAUCGACGCACAACGCACAGGAGAGAGGGCGCUACACUCAUCAACAGCGUCUACAAGGAUACAGGCUGCAUUGUAGUGGCACACUGGGAUCAGUCCACAAUCAAGCGCUUUGAUGUGUUUGUAGGUGCAGGGUCGAAGAGCGCUACGGCUGCUAUCAACAAGUGGAUUGCUCGAGGUGAUGAAAAGAGCACGGAUGCGGCAGCGUGGGCGAAAACGCCUGCCUUCAAUCACGCGCAGUGGUAUCAAGAAGAACUCGAGCGACAAGAAGAAGAGAGGAUGGAAUACUUCCUGGGUCCGGAACCGGAAUCGCAGGAGGGUGAGCCUGUACGGGUGAAGAUAACCAUGAGCUGGCCCGAAGAUCUGUUCAGCCAUGAGGUCACGCCCCGAGUUGCGUUUGGCAACGAGCUGCAAGCUCUAAACGACAUCAAGAAGCGGGAUGGGGUUUGGAUGACACUCCUACCGGACCACAGUGUACAGAUCUCCGGUUUUGACAUCAUCAACGUCGAAGCGGCCGAGGGUCAUUACAAAACUAUGGUUGAGAGGAUACGGACUGAAAAAUGUAGUCUCCAACAAGCGACGAACAUGGUCCUUGACGAGCGAGAAGGCAUUGACGUCGUACUUCUUCGAGCCGAGAGUUGGUGGCCGAACCGCUUCGACACAGUAAUCCCACGCCUGUUACCUUCUCCCAUAAUGGACCAGCCUGGGAGCUUUCAAGAAGACGGCCUGCACGACACUCAGCUGGUAGAGAUCCGGGACCCUAUCAAGCGUGCGCUCGAAGCAGUGAGCUACGAGAGGGGCUCCUAUGACUUCGUCGUACGUCUCGGUUGUAUCGCUCUCGACUCGAAGAAGAUAGGAGAGGAUCAGGUUGGUAAGAAACAUGGCAAGGAGAAGUUUAUCAAGUCAAUCAACGGCAAGGUUGACCUUGCAUGCAAGAAAUGGCUUCUCGAUAACGUGCUUGGAACGCAACUGUAUCACCGUCUCGUCAAAUCAAACGACUUUCUCGAGCCUAUCAAAUCUGCUGGCUAUUGGGGUACCAUACCAGGUAGCUUGGAGAAGACUCGUCCGACUUUGCGUGGAACCUGGAUCUUUCGUGAUCCCAACAAUGCCCAGAAGCAAGCCCUACCGCCCACUCGUAACGUUGGCAGACCAGCACCCAUGCAGCAGACGCCGUCCCCAGCUGCAAUCAGCACUCCGAGCACCCUAAUCGUAGUUCAGAUUGAUUGGACAGACGAUGGUGAAGGCUCGUACGACAAGACCGCCACAAAGUACUACAGACUUGAGCCAGGCAAAUGCGGUGCGAAGGUGAACAUGGAUGUCAACUUGUUGGAGUUGGGAGAGUCAAGGGCAUGGUCUUUUGCCUUAGAGUCAAUGACUCCGAUAUCGCGGUCAACUGUGCCUCCUGUACUCACAGGCUUCGCGCACCGAACAGUCAUGACACCAGGCUAUGAUGUGGCUUCAACCCAGAGCUUCGCCCGGUGGGACCAAAGCCCUAGUGUCAAGGCUUUGAUGCUGCAUGGGUGUUUGGAUAAGGUUUACUCGUUUGGUGUCCAAAAAACAUGUUACAAGGUCGAGCUCACGGCAAUGUGGUACCCUGGACAGUCUUUGCCAUGCUGGGGACUCGCCGUACGUCAUACCGAAUGGGCCACCCAUCUCGCUGAGCUCGAGCGACUGCAGACUGGCCAUCAAGCUAACUGGAGCGAUACUAUUGCAACCUUCCUACCGGAUGAUGGAGGCUCCUCAAUCAGGCUGGAAGAUGACGAUUUCGGUGCCGGUAAUUUGGACCUCGACGGUGAUGCAGAGAGAUUGCCACGAGUUCCAUCUCACGAAGGCAUCCGCACCUUGACUAACAUACUGCUGCGUCUUUCCGAGCUCGUCAGCUCGGUGACGCUGCGUCAAGGAGGCAUUCCAAUCUGA